AUGUGGCAAAACGACCCGGAGCCUGUCGCAUCAACCUCAACUGUUUCCGCUAGAGAACAUGUCAAUUCGAAACAUACUAGUUCGCAAAAUCUCAAUAGAUCAUCAUCGUCGACAUCAUUGUUCAAAAGAGCGAUCAGUUUACAAUUUCUCUCGAGAAAUACGGAUAAUCUAGUUGACAAGGAAAAGAAAGCAUUCAUCAAAAUGCGGUACAAAGAGACUUCAAAAUACGUUAUAUGGCCAUUUUGCAAGUUGCCAGACAAAUUGCCACAUUACACGCCCAUCACGAUGGCGAAACCCGAAGAGGCUGACCCACGCACUGUACUUCAUGAGCCAGAUAUCGAAGACCAUCGUUCUCCAUAUCUUCCAUGUACAAUCAACCACGUGCUCAGAUCAGAUUCCGAAGAUUCGAGUAGCGCCGAGCAAGUCUUGGAAAUGACGCGAAACAUCUUCAGCUGCUCGUCCACCGAAUCAACUUCGAAUUAG